AUGCAUUUUCUCUCCUCAUUGUUGGAGGCUGCGCCACAUCGUGCAAAUCGCACUUAUUUCUUGGAUUAUGGUAGUGCUACUCCUACUGGGUGUAGCUUUGGUGGCUUGCCCACCACCAUUUUCUGUUGGUCACUGGUUUCUCCUUGGUGGUUGUCGGCUUGCUAUGGUGGCGCGGCUUGUGACUGUAGGAUUGUGCGGCAGAUGUCUGUUAAUGGUGUUAGGGUUUCCUCAUGUUGUGUUGAGCUUUGUGGGCUUUUGCAUUUUGUGGGUUUUCUGCCUUGA